AUGUUCAACAUGUCUAUCAGUGACCCAGAUUUCAAAAGGGAUGGGAAAAAGAAUAAAGACAAAAGGCCCCGGCCACUGGAGAAAUCAAGCACAGCCUGUGGUAGCAGAAGCCAUCAAGCAUCAUGGCUGGAAAAAAAAUACCAUCAGAACUACAGGACUAAGAAGCAGACCAUCUACAGAUCCAUCAGAACAGAGCUGCAGUUCCCUGUGACCCACGUGGACCGCCUCCUGAGACAAGAUCACUAUGCCCAGCGUCUAAGCUUUUUUACACCCGUUUUCCUGGCUGGUGUCCUUGAGUACCUAACAGCUAAAAUCCUGGAUCUGGCAGCUCAGAAGGCCGAGAGCAACCGCAGGGCACACAUCACCCCGGAUCAUGUGAAGAAGGUGCUGGAACAGAACCCGCAGCUCUGCCGCCUCUUCAAGGCUAACACCAAAUCCCUGGGAACUGACAAGGCCUACAAGAGUAGGAAGUAAUGGUGCCUGGGUCUCCAGCCCUGGUGGGACUUCCAUCAAGUGUCUCACUCAGCUCCAAAAUCCCAUAGAGGAGGGAGCCUGUG